CCCGUGGUGCUACGGAAGCCGGCGCGGCCAUUUCGCGUGCUGCCCCUGCGCUUAGCCUCCCGUCCGGGCGGCGCUCCAGGGCGUCUGUAAACACACCCGGAGACGGUCAUGGAGGGGGAGGAGGAGGCGGCGGCGGCGGCGCAGGGAGGCAUUUGGGGCCGCCUCCAGGGUCCGCUCUACCAUUCCUGAUCUGGUCCCUGGUCCUCGUGACUGUGGCAUCAGGGAAACGGAGUGUUAGGCGAGAGGAGGAGGAGGCGGCGGCAGGCAGGAUCACAUCCCCCUUCUCCCCCCUCCCCGGGGCGGGGGCCGGGCCGGGCCGGGCCGGCCUGUCCGCGGAGAUGGAUGACAGUAAGGUGGUUGGAGGCAAAGUGAAGAAGCCUGGUAAACGUGGUCGGAAGCCAGCCAAAAUUGACUUGAAAGCAAAGCUUGAGAGGAGCCGGCAGAGUGCCAGGGAAUGCCGGGCCAGAAAAAAACUAAGAUAUCAGUAUUUGGAAGAGCUGGUGUCCAGUCGAGAAAGAGCCAUAUGUGCCCUCCGAGAAGAGCUGGAAAUGUAUAAGCAGUGGUGCAUGGCAAUGGACCAAGGGAAAAUCCCUUCUGAAAUAAAGGCCCUACUCACUGGAGAAGAGCAGAGCAAGACUCAGCAGAACUCAAGCAGGCUCGUGAAAGCUGGAAAGACAGAUACUAAUAGCAGUUCCUGGUGACGGUCCUAUCAAACGAUGAGUCAAUGGCUGAAGCCAACAUUCUGAUUCUUUGGAGGAUGGACAGGCAAGAUUGUACUUACUGACUCCAUUUACUACCUACUGCUCAGUAGUCAUCUCUGUAAACCUGCAGUUUCUGCCAAAAUGCGUGAUCAUAGAUCUCAAGGGAUUUUGCUUGACUUUCAGCACCUAGAAAAAUGUACCUUCAGACCUGUUCUAGUUAGCACUGCCACCCAGUGCAUUUGUUAUGGUAAUGCUUGAAAAAACACAGGGGUAGAGAAAAAUGGUGAAGAUUGUAUUUUUUUGCACCUUAACUCCCACACUGCUUUAGUGGUUAAUUUAUAUUCUUUCCAUGUCAUUGUAUGUGUGUUCAGGUGUCCCCUCCUGUCAUGUUUUUAGUUGCCCUACAGUGAAAAGCCAAUGGGCUGAAUGACUUAAGUGCUUGGCUUUUAUGGACCUGACCUUGUUUGUCUAUGUUAUUUGAGUCAUGUUUAUUUUCUGCAUGAACCAUGACUUCUCCUGUGAGCCAUUCCAGUAGAAGCUGUGAAUAUGUACUAAUGCAUAUAUACAUUUCUAUUUUGGUAAUCCAUAAGGAUAUGCCUGUUUUCAAAUGUACACAUUAACAAAGCCCAUCGGGAAUGCCCUUACGACAGCCUCUUUUUAGAACUUUUGUUGCUGUCUUCUCAAACUAAACCUGUGAAAGUUUGCUAGUCCACACUUGGAAGAGGAUUAGUCAGGUUUUUUUUUUUUUUUUUAAGAAGUUAACCUUGUCAGGCACACGUCAUCUUGACAGCCCAGAGUUUAUAUAAAUACUUGUGUGUGUGUUUGUAUUACGUAUCUGUGUGUGUAUGUGGGGAGGGCAGGAGUGAAUGUUCACACACAUUUCUUUGUGUACUCACCUAACUUAGAGAAUGUUUCUAGAGAAAAUAGGAUGAAACUAAGCUGCUGAGAUCAAGUUUCUGCCUCUGGAGAUCUGGAACAAGAUGAGGGACAAACUGCUGGUGGAUCUGAGGGCCGUAGCCGUAACCACUGGGAACACUGGGAACACUGGGUCCCUUCCAUAGAGCGUGUUCUGGGUUCUGAGCCAGAAGGGGACACACUGUAGAUCUGCAUCUCCUUUGUGCCUCUGCUGAGGAGUGACGUGCUGGUCUAGAGGGAAGUGCCGAAGGGCAAAGUAGUUCUUUCCAAUGACCAUUCCACAGACUCCCUGACUCCCAAAUGGAGUGGCAUGUUGGAAGCUGAGAAAGCCAUCUCAGAAAAUGAGACACUUGAGCAGACCUGGGAAUCUUUGGAUUCCCCCAGCAAGACACUUUCUCACUCUUUUCUCUGCUCCACAGUUAAAUCAGUAGUUAUGUUCCUGUUGCUGCUAAGUCAUAAUUGUUCUUGGGUCGAAUGAAGCAAAUACUUGGCUUCUAAACAAAAACACAUUCUAUUGCAGACUGUCAGCCUAAGAGGAGGAGAUGGUCUGUGAGAUGGACCACAUAGUUUCAGAGGACAAGGUACCUUCCUCUUCUCUUAGGCUGUGUGUUUGAAUAAAGUGCCUCCCUUCGCCUGAGUUCCUAAGGACCUCUUGCACUUUGACUGCAGACUCAGAUCUCUAAUCUAGUCCUGCGUGACUACUGAUGUACCACUCACCCAGCCCAGCCUGACUGGUCUCUUCCUUUCUGGGAGGACGGGGGGUGGGGGGGUUAAGAGUAUUUAAUAUCUUUGGAGUAUCACACCUAUUGAUAGACUAAGGAUUGUUGAUAUUCUGGCCUUCAGAAGUUAAGUGUUUUAAAUAUAGUAUUCAGGUUGUAAUGGGUAUGUUUUUGCCAUCUGGUCUACUCAAAUGUACAUUUGUUUUUUGUUUCUUUAAUUUCACAAAACAAUCUAAGACUUACUCUAUGUGGCUUUUGCUCAGUACUGUUUGAAUUUCCCCAGAAGAGUUGUUUUCAAAGCAAACAUUCCAAAAUUAAUGUGGCUCUUCAGUGGAAUGUCUCCAUUGUGCUUGAAGGAUUUCUCCUCCCUGGAUUGUAAUUUUAAAAUUACAGGGUCAUUUGAGCCUCCUUCCCCUCCGUCCCCACUAUCGUUGCAGAAGCAGUCAGUGACUUUGUCCUCAGGUGGAGGAUGUGUAAUUUGGGUCAAAGUAAAUUACAACUCAUUUUGAGUUUAUUCCUAAACCUGUGUGGUAUUCGGGAAUAGAUAUAAACCAAAAGAAAGUCUCUUGGUCGUCACAAGGAAUGUUGUGAAUGUCUGGGGUAUUGUGCAGGCUUCAGGCUUUGGCCACUGGAAGCAUGUUACUAAAAGUCACUGGCUGAAAGAGUGGGAGUGUUUCUUCCUCCAUGUGGUUAGGGAGCAGCACACUGGAACCCGACCAUCUCUCUUACCUGGACCUCAGUUGACCGGCUGAGGGAGCAGUGAGCUCAGUCCCUCUGGGUCAGUGCUGCUGUCCUUAAUCUCUUUUUCUUUCAUCUUCCCAUAGAAAAGAAAGGUAAGGAGGAGAGGGACAUAUUUAUAUGUGUAGCCCAUCAUAUUCUGUCAUUAAUUUAGCACAGACCUGCUAUAUGUAUUAGAGAAGCCUACAUAAUGUGGAAUACGUCUGACCAAGUCUAUGUUUUAGGAUCUAGUCAAUGUUCUUAAAUUUAUUUUUCUGUUUCAUCUACUAGAUCUAAACCAUCAUCUAUCUUAUUGCAGCAAACUCAUACCAGCUAAUUGACAGCAUUUAUCAGCAUCACUGCUUAGCAUUUUUAUUUUUACCCUCUUUGGAUUAUGAUAGACUUUAUUUGGUUCAUUACAAAAACAAACAAAAAAAAGACCUUUAGUUCAAACAGGGCAAAGAAAAUUAAAAAAAAAAAAAGCCACUAUAAAUGCUAUAUUUUACAUGAAAAUAAGUUGCAUAUUAUCAACUACAUACUUAGUUUUAAGAGGGGAAGAUUACUAUUAUACCACAUGGUGUUUUGGGGGCACUGAAAGAAUCUUUUUUCUGAAGAGCAUUGUACAAUUAUAUUUUUAUGAAAAAUAAAAGUAUCUUCACCAGA